GCCAAACGGAAUCGUGUCGUUGGGUCCGCGGGAAAAUGGAAAAAUGGCUUCCGCCGACUUCCAAAAAAGUGACCGCGACUCUUUGUUUGUCGUCUUUCCGGAUCCGGCGGGCGUCGUCGUUGAGCCGCCUCGAUUCCUUUCGGAGUUGGUGGCCAUCUUGUUUCGGGUCGGUGCCGCCGAGCGAUAACCAUCCCAAAGGUGGGCCGGACGGCGUCGGCUGAAGUGGGUGGGCGGAGUCACCGGGGGGAGGUCAAAGGUCACCAGGAAGACCAAUUGCAGUCACCGGUCACCUCACCGCUUUGUACUUGCAGCUGAUCCCAAUGAAGGCCGGGGGAGGCGUGGCACGCCAACAGACGUGUGCCCUGCGGCCUUCAUCUGUCCGUCCGUCCGUCCGUCAGUUUAUUCCAUUUUUUUCCCUUCCUUUUCUUUCUCUCUUUCCCUUUUCCCUUCCCUCCCUCGUGCCACAAACGAAUGAGACGCGUUGACGUCAGUUUGCACGUCGUCGUCGUCGUCGAUCAGCGUGCGCGUUGAUGAAGAUUUAAGCCUUUUAAAUAAUCCCACGAUCCACCGCCGACACCCGCGAUGAGCCGCUGACCCCGCAAGAUGCCCCCGGCCGACGGGUCGCCGGAGCGGACGCCGCCUCGCGCCCGGCCCGCGCUGCUCCUCUUGGCUUCCUGUUUCCUGUGCGCCUCGUCGUCCUUCCCGCGAGAUCUGGACGCCAUCAGCGUGGUGGACGGAUCCGGCGGUUUUGCGACGUUCCAAAGUCUGCUGCGGGACGACGACGCGCUGCGUCUCGGGCUGGACUUCCAGGGGAUGACGCGGGUCAAGCGCGCGCUGUUCGUCUGGGCCAGGGAUCACGUGUUUGCUGUCAACUUGACGACGGCGGCGGAGGCCUUCGUACCGCAGACGAAGCUGACGUGGCGUUCCACAGACGUCAGCAAGUGCGCCGUACGGGGGAAGAAGCGCGACGAGUGCUACAACUACAUCAAGGUUUUGGUGGCGCGGGACGACGAGACGCUGUUCGUGUGCGGGACCAACGCCUUCAACCCGUCGUGCCGGAACUACAAGAUGAGCACGUUGGAGCAGGUGGGGCCGGACUUGCCCGGUCAGGCCCGCUGCCCCUUCGAGUCGGGCCAGUCCAACGCGGGAACGUUCGCGGGCGGAGACUUCUACUCGGCCACCGUGACGGACUUCCUGGCCAGCGACUCGGUCGUCUACCGGAGCCUCGGGGAGGGCCGGCCCGUCCUCAGGACCGUCAAGUACGACUCCAAGUGGCUGCGAGAGCCUCGCUUCCUGCACGCCGUGGACUACGGGAGCUACGUCUACUUUUUCUUCAGCGAGAUGGCGGCCGAGUACACCACCCUGGGGAAGGUCUUCUUUUCCCGGGUGGCCAGAGUCUGCAAAAACGACAACGGCGGCUCUCCCAGAGUUCUGGACAAGUACUGGACUUCUUUCCUCAAGGCUCGUCUGAACUGUUCCCUUCCCGGAGAUUCUCUCUUCUACUUCGACGUCCUGCAGUCGCUGACGGGCAUUCUGCACAUCGACGGACGGCCCACCGUGCUGGCGGUCUUCACCACGCAGGCUAACAGCAUUCCCGGCUCGGCGGUGUGCGCCUUCCACAUGGACGACGUGGAGAAAGCCUUUAGCGGGAAGUUCAAAGAGCAGCGCGCCGGCGACGCGCCGUGGACGGCCGUGCCCGAGGACGCGGUGCCCAGCCCGCGGCCCGGCGCGUGCGCCGGCGACGCCUCGGCCGCCGACUUCAAAUCCUCGGUCGAUUUCCCGGAUGAGACGCUGUCGUUCAUCAAAUCUUACCCGCUGAUGGACGAGGCCGUGCUCGCCGUCAACCGGCGGCCAUUUUACACCAGGACCGCCAGCAGGUCCAAGCUGACGCGGAUCGCGGCUGACGUUUCGGCGGGUCCGUACAAGGACCGCACGGUGGUGUUCUUGGGCUCCGAGGACGGCCGGGUGGCCAAGGUCCUGGCCUCGGCGCUUCACGGAGACCCGGUGGGCUCCAAACUCCUGGAAGACAUCCACGUCUACGACCGUGACAAGUGCGACCUCGGCGUCCAGGAGGAGGACCGCAGGGUUUUGGCCCUGGAGCUGGACAAGGAGCACCACGCCUUGUUCGUGGCCUUCCGCGGCUGCCUCGUCCGCGUGCCGCUGAGCCGAUGCGGACGUCACGGCGCGUGCAAGAGGGCGUGUCUGGCCUCCCGCGACCCCUACUGCAUCUGGCUGCGCACGGGAAGUUGUGCCGACGUGGCGCCCGGCUUCAAGUACGUGGCGGGCUUCGAACAAGACAUCGAGGGAGACCACUCGGAGGCCGCCGCCUGUCACGCCGACAUCUUGGCGACGUCUCGUGACCGGGACCCGCCCGCUGACUCCACUUACAGUGUCACGGGCGCCGACGGAGAUCCGGCGUCUCACGUCCACUACACGCUGCUGAUCGCCUGCGUGCUGCUGGCCUUCGUCCUGGGGGCAACGCUGUCGGGCCUCCUGGCGGCGCGGUUCCGGAACGGGAAGUUCACCAAGGACCCGGAGGCGUCGCUGCCCCUCGGCGGGCUCCCGGACGCCGCGUCGCAGGAGGACAAAAGGGGCGCCUCGCCCCACCCGCAGACGCACGCGUGGCCGGCGUCCGACGGCCCGAUUGCGCGCCGGCCGAUUCCCGCGGCGGAGCCCCGAGUCGGCCCGAAACCGUUGGUCUCCUCCGGCGUGGCGGACGGCGACCCCUCAGCUCCUCCCACGCCCAACUCGGACCCGGAACGGCGCCGCGCGCCUUCGGGGCCCGGGUCGGACGCGUCUGCGCUUGACGAGCUUCUGAAGCACAUCCAGCAGGGCGGCGGCGGCGGCGGCAUCAGGGUCCUGACGUCCACUUCCGCAGGACUUCAUCAUCAUCAUCAUCAUCAUCACCACAACCAUCACGGCGGCAAGACGCGAUCCCACAGCUUUAAUCGCAGCCGUCACCACGGCAACCAGCAGCCGGUCUCCGGGACCCGAGCGCUACAACGGAACGCUCACGCCGCGACGCCGGUCCGCCCCCGAGGCGCCGCCCCCGUCAAGACGGCCGGCGGCCUGCCGCGCCAUCAUAGCUUCAGCCAGCGGGGGGCGCCGCCGCCGCUCCACCGCUUCCUGCUCAGAACCAACACGGCGGCCGCCGACGGACCCCCUGCCCCGCCCGCCGCCCGCGGGGGACGCCAGAGGGCGGCGGCGGCCCGGGCCUGCCUGACGCGCCAACACAGCUACAGCGAAGGAGCGCACGCGCAGCGCGGGAGCAUCUCUCAGGCUAACGGCGUGCGCCGCGCUGUCUCACUCAAGCCCAAAGUGCCGCCCAAACCUCUGUUCCUGCCCAACGUGUCCGCCUCGUCGGGAUCGUCCGGACGCUGAGGCAACGGAGGAGCCUCAAUGACGCGUUUCGGCUGAGGUCGCCCGGGGACGGUCCAGGUGCUGAAGCGGCAGAGCGUCCGCAGAAGACACGUCCUGCCCCUCCCCCCCCCGGCGACGGCAACCGCCGGAUUCGCCCCGCCCCGCCCCCCCCUCCAACUUUCGGACCAUCCUGGCGGGACGGAGCUAAUGGCGCAAAUUAGGAUGCUAAGCUAAUUGAGUUGAAAAAAAGCGCCACCGUUUGUCAAUCAUUGAGGAUGUCACUUUGGAUUCAGGAAGUCGUCAGGGGGAAAUUUCAUCGCUGACCUCAGCUUGUUAUAACAACUUGUGGCAUUUCUUUAUUCUUCUGUUUUAAGAGUAUUUAUGUCAGUAAGAAUUUUAAAAGACACCAGUAAGUAAGUCACGCGAGCGCACACUUCAACGGGUUGCAGUAUUUUGAGAGGCCAGUUAGCCGACAACUUUGCGUCCUCCGUGACAAUUAUGUACAGAAUACACAAUCGAUACUUGGCACGCUUACUUUUCGUGGGGGGGGGGGGGAAUACGUCAAGGAGGCAACUGGUGCAACGUAAGCACGUCGGCAGUGAGCUUCCGGGUCGGGACGUUAGCGCGUUUUGGGGGUGGUCACGUGACCUCGUCGUCUUUAAUUUUCGUCGCCACCUUGCAGAGGCUCCGAGGGGCCGACGAUACCUCCCCCGUAAAACAA